CCAACUUCAGGUUUAAUCAAUUUCCAAGCUUAAAAUUUGUUUUGCACCGAUUGGCUUUCUAGGCUGAUUUUUUAAAAAAAGAUUCUUUCUUCCUUUCCUCAGAGGUCUCCUCAGCAGAGGCAUGUGAGUUUCCAGUCCCUCAGGGGUAGAAAAUGAAUCUGUUCUGGAGUAAUGACUCUCCAAAAACACUCCCCCCCCCUCUUUUAAAGCCUUAUUUCUGAGCUAGGAAAAUCCAUACUUGCUUUUGUAGACAGAGAUUGAGCGAGCAAGUCUUUUUUCUACACAUGGCUUGUGGGAAUUGCUUUUUCAGUACCGUUAUUGCUUUCUGGACCAUACUUGGCUCAAAUCAGGCCUUUCCAGAUGGAGCCCCUGAAUCUGCCUGCGAGAGCAUGUUGCCUGUCCAUACUGGGGUACAACCUCAAACGGUUCCUAGUCCUUAUGAAGUUUUGGUUAGUACACCUUCCUUCCAAAAUGGGCAGCGGGUUAAUGUUCAGAUCCGUGGACCUGCUUAUCAAGGAUUGUUGUUGGAGGUGCGCUCAUUUCAGUCUGCUGCAGCCGUGGGAUUUUGGCAAAGCCCCCCAAACAAUACCAGAUUUUUACAGUGCUCUGGAAAUCCUCAAGGGGCCAUUACUCAUUCCAACACCAAUUUAAAAAUGAGUCAGAUCUACUCCUGGCUUCCACCUCCCUCGCACUGUCCCCGUGUAGUUAUCUUUGUGGCAACUGUUGCCCAAUCACACGACAUCUAUUGGACCCAAGUGAAAUCCAAAGUGAUCUGGAGAAAUCCUCAAGCCACAUGUGGAGCGGAAGCACCUGGGAGACAAUUUCCCGCUGCUACAGGAUUUGCCUGCUUGCUGCUGCUGAUUUUGCUUAUAUAAUUGUUUUUAAAAAGGCCUAACCCAAAGCAAUUGUAUUAUGAGGUCUGAGGAAUUCUGGGAGUUGAAGUCCACAAGUCAUAAUAGGGCCAAGUUUGAAGACCCCUGCCUUAGAGCAGCCUUGCUUUGAAUCCUAUUUUUCUGCUCCCAGGUUUGUAACACAUUCAUUGCACACUUGUUUUCAGUUUUGUUUUAUUUAUGCUAAAGGCUUUUAUGAAAUAAGGGUAUCACG